AUGGAGACUCUGUUGGCUCAUUCCUUUGAUUAUCUUUCCUCCUACGAGCCCAGCAAGGUCCGAAAGGGUCUGCGCCAGGUUGAGGGCCUACUGGCGCAAAUUUGCCUCUCCAAACCAAAGUCGGCGGCCGACCGACGGAGAUCCUAUUUGGCUGUCGAAGCGCAACCGGUGCCAAAGGAGCUAUCCGAACUGCGCGAUGACCCGGCCUUUAGGGAAUUUUUCAAGUUGCAGGAAAGCUUCCAAUGGAAUGUGGCAAUGCGCCUAGUAUCCUGCCUUGAGCACCUGCUCGGCCGCGGCAGCAAUGGUACAAACGACAUGCUCAUUGUCUGCACCCUCGACCUGAUCCAGGGCGCUCUGCUUCUGCACCCACCGUCGCGCACCCUCUUCGCGCGCGAAAUCUACAUGAACCUCCUCCUCGAUCUGCUCGACCCGAUCAACUGCCCGGCCAUCCAGUCAGCCACCCUAUUGACUCUCGUCACCGCACUGCUGGACUGCCCCGCAAACACGCGCACCUUCGAAGACCUCGACGGCCUUCUCACCAUUACAUCGCUUUUCAAACAGCGCGCCACUUCACGUGAGGUGAAAUUGAAGCUGGUGGAGUUCUUGUAUUUCUACCUCAUGCCCGAAACGCCCAUUCUAGCCCCCGGGGGUAGCCCACCAGGUCUGCAGCGCAGCCCCAGCAAGCUUUCCACUCGCCCGCAGAGCUCACAUGCCUCUGCGGCUGGUGGGGGCAAGAUGCUCCGAGAUACGCGGACAACGGACGAGAAGCAGGCGCUCUUGGGCCGUUACCUGAACAACGUCGAGGACCUUGUGGAGGACCUCAAAGAAACCGCACCCUUUGGGGCAACGGUGUACUAA